AUGAAAGCAUCACAGAGUCGUCAUAAAAGUUUUCAUGACAAGAAGAGGAAGGCACUUGAGUUCAAGGAAGGAGAUCAUGUGUUUUUGAGAAUUACUCCGAUAAUUGGAGUUGGUAGAGCUCUGAAGUCUCGUAAGCUUAUGCCAUUUUUUGUCGGCUCAUAUCAUAUUAUGCAGAGGAUAAGAGAGGUGGCAUAUUGGAUUCCUUUACCAUCGCCACUUGUUAAUCUUCAUGAUGUGUUUCAUGUGUCUCAGUUGAAGAGAUACAUUCUGGAUCCAUCUCACGUGAUCCAAGUGGAUGAUGUACAAGUGAGGGAUAACCUGACUAUUGAGACAUCACCCAUACAUAUAGGGGAUCGAGAAGUGAAGCAGAUGUGGGGUAAAGAGGUUGCAUUGGUGAAGGUAGUUUGGGAAGGACCAAUCGGAUGGAGCAUGACUUAG